GAGAAGAGAGAGAGAGAGAAGCAGAGAGAAGCAGAGAGAGAGAGAAGAGAGAGAGAAGCAGAGAGAGAGGGAAGAGAGAGAGAAGCAGAGAGAGAGAAGCAGAGAGAGAGAGAAGAGAGAGAGAAGCAGAGAGAGAGAGAGAAGAAGAGAGAGAGAAGCAGAGAGAGAGAGAGAGAAGAAGAGAGAGAGAAGGAGAGAGAGAGAAGAAGAGAGAGAGAAGCCGAGAGAGAGAGAGAGAAGAAGAGAGAGAGAAGAAGAGAGAGAGAAGAUGAGAGAGAGAAGAUGAGAGAGAGAUGUUGUUGAUAGUAAAGGUGACUAAGGAGCGUGUGGUUUUGGUGACAGAAUGAUGUCACUGAUUAGUCCCACCUGCAGAGAUGCUGGAGGGUGUGUGUGUGUGUGUGUGUGUGUGUGUGUGUGUGUGUGUGUGUGUGUGUGUGUGUGUGUGUGUGUGUGUGUGUGUGUGUGUGUGUGUGUGUGUGCGUGCGUGCGUGCGUGCGUGCGCGUGCGUGCGUGCGUGGAUUGCCAGACUAAACUAAUAGCUGGUAGAACCCAGCUUAGGGAAGGGAGGCUUGUUGUGUCUUGCUUUUAUGAUCUUUUUGAGAGAAACAGACAGAGAAACAUAAAGAGACAGGCAGAGAGACUGACAGAGAAAGGCAGAGAGAGAAAGGCAGAGAGACAGACAGAGAAAGGCAGAGAGACAGACAGAGAGAGACAGAGAGACAGACAGAGAAAGGCAGAGAGACAGACAGAGAAAGGCAGAGAGACAGACAGAGAAAGGCAGUUAGACAGACAGAGAAAGGCAGAGAGACAGACAGAGAAAGGCAGAGAGACAGACAGAGAAAGGCAGAGAGACAGACAGAGAAACAUAAAGAGAAAGGCAGAGAGACAGACAGAGAGACAGACAGAGAGACAGACAGAGAAAGGCAGAGAGACAGAGAAACAUAAAGAGAAAGGCAGAGAGACGGACAGAGAAAGGCAGAGAGACAGACAGAGAAAGGCAGAGAGAGAAAGGCAGAGAGACAGAGAGAGAAAGGCAGAGAGACAGACAGCGAAAGGCAGAGAGACAGACAGAGAAAGGCAGAGAGAGAAAGGCAGAGAGAGAAAGGCAGAGAGACAGACAGAGAAAGGCAGAGAGACAGAGAGAGAAAGGCAGAGAGAGAAAGGCAGAGAGACAGACAGAGAAAGGCAGAGAGAGAAAGGCAGAGAGACAGAGAGAGAAAGGCAGAGAGACAGACAGAGAAAGGCAGAGAGACAGACAGAGAAAGGCAGAGAGACAGACAUGAUUCUUGUACCUGAUGAUUAAACAUGAAAUGGUCAGAGCACUAAAGUGCUUCAUCAGUAGAGUUGUCUUUCAAUGCUGUCCCCAUAGGAUAACCCUUUUUGGUUCCAGGUAGAACCCUUUUUGGUUCCAGGUAGAACCCUUUUCUUUUUGGUUCCAGGUAGAACCCUUUUUGGUUCCAAGUAGAACUGUUUUGGGUUCCACGUAGAACCCUUUUUGGUUCCAGGUAGAACCCUUUUUGGUUCCAAGUAGAACUGUUUUGGGUUCCACGUAGAACCCUUUUGGUUCCACGAAGAACCUUCUUCCAUGUAGAACCCUCUUUCUUCAAAAGGCUCUCCUAUGGGGACAGCCGAAGAACCCUUUUUAGGUUCUAGAUCUCCCACAAUCCCUCAGUGGACCCGGUUAUCCUAUAUAGUAUGAAGCACUAAAACCCGGCCAUUGAUUGACGUCGUGGUGCAUCUCGCCGCCAUCGCUUGUGUCUCGGGUGACGGUAAUCUUCUGGUUGUCGUGACAUUCUGCUCCAUCUGUGUGGGAGGGAUCCAGGGGAUUGAGCCGUGCUGACGAACAGGAGGGGAGGGGUGUUUGUGUGUGUA